GUUCGCGCGGAGCUCGCGUCCAGAGACGACGAAGUGGUUGAGAUCGACGACCAUGGUCGGCAGGUGAAGAGCCAGGCCUUCGAGCUCGACGAGCCCAGCUGCGGCACCACCAAGCCGGGCGAGUGGUGCUACCAGUCCAUCCAGUGGCUGAAGAACGCGGGCCUGAGGAAGCAUCCAGACUGGUAUCCCAAGCUCUCCACGCAGUCCAGCAUCGAGGACUUCCAGACGGUGUUGCACAAGCAGGGCAAGGUGGGCUGCCUGUUGCCCUGCAAGGAGGGCGAGACCGCCACGGUGAAGAUCCACAACUCCGAGUGCCAGGAUGCGCAGGAGGGCUCGUUGUGUCACAAGGGGAUUAUGCACAUCAUCGAGGUUGGCCUCUGGGUUCACCCGGAGCUGUACCCGGAGCUCAACACGAACUCCACUCGCCAAGAGGUGCAGGACCACCUCUACCGGCAUGGGCAGUCCCAGUGCGGCUGGCCGUGCUCCAUGUACAAGCAGGGCCAGAGGGUCGAAGAAGUCCCGCCCCACGCCGGCCUGGUCAAGAAGAGGCUGCAGGACAUGUCGGUGAAGGAGCUGGCCUGGUACUUGAACAAGCAGUGGGACGGCUACGUCAGCGACAAGGUUUACGACCCGAACGAGGCUGUGAAGGGCGACCACGAGCCUCCGGCCAACGAGUCGGCGGAGGACCCCCUGCCGGCCGUGACCAGCGCGGACAGGGUCGAGGAGGGCCAGGGGUACGUCGCGCGCAUCGACGGCGAGAAGACGUGCCGCACCGCGAAGGUUGGCGAGUUGUGCUUCAAGGCGGUGUCCUGGGCCAAGCUGACGGGAGUCGUCGACCACCCUUCUUGGUACCUCGGGCUCUCCACGGAGUCCUCGUUCAAGGAGUUCCAGGCCUACAUCCACAAGACGAGGGGGAGCCUCUGCGACGCGCCCUGCGCGGCAGACCUG